UAAAUGCUGGUCACACUGUUACGAAAAACACCUGCACACACGUAAAUUACACAAUAUCAGUGUUAUUAUAGUUUUAUUUAAGCAAAAAGUCAAUGAAACUAUUUAUGUUGAAGGCCCGUACAUAAACGAAUACAAGCGAAAUGUUGAAAGUGAUUAGUACAUUGCAAUUAGGCAGUGCCCUGCGACAGCGACAACUUCAUACCGGCAUUACGCGAUUCAAGCGCCGAAAGACUGCUGAAGAGAAGAAAUCUCCUAGAAUUAUAGAGUAUUCGCCAAAGAAACUGCAGGGCAACAACAAUGCGUCUGCAAACAAUGCCAUUGACAUUUGGCGUUACAUGAGCGUAUCUCAGCUGGCAAAAACGCUGCAGCGACCUUUGGAUGAUGUGCAGGAGGCAAUGCUCUAUGUGCGUGGAGCUGACAAUAUUGAGGCUGCUGCCAAGUUGGAAGAUCUCAAGAUCAUUCAAGAGAUCGCCAAGAAGCUCGGUGUGAAGACACGCGUAGUUUCCGCUCCUGAAACCUCUGCUGAGGAUGAGCACAAAGAGCGCGAUGUGACGCCUAGGCCGCCAGCGGCAGCUGAACUGCUCCAACAACGUCCGCCGGUGGUCACAGUAAUGGGACAUGUUGAUCAUGGCAAGACAACACUGCUGGAUUCGCUGCGUGGCGCCGAUGUGGCUGCUGGAGAGGCAGGUGGCAUCACCCAGCACAUUGGCGCUUUCACUGUGACCCUGGAGAACGGGGAGCGUGUCACGUUCUUAGAUACACCUGGUCAUGCGGCAUUCAGUGCGAUGCGAGCGCGAGGCGCUGUUGCCACCGAUAUAAUUGUGCUUGUGGUAGCUGCAGAGGAUGGCGUGAUGGCGCAAACACGCGAAGUCAUCCAGCUGGCCAAGGAGGCGCAGGUUCCCAUUAUUGUGGCGCUGAAUAAGAUCGACAAACCGGAGGCUAAUAUUGAGAAGAGCAAACAGGAAUUGGCUCAAAUGGGCUUAGCACUGGAGGAGCAUGGCGGCGAUGUGCAAGUGAUACCCAUCUCCGCACUGAAAGGCACCAAUCUGCAGAUGCUGGCCGAGGCUGUGAGCACGCAGGCUACAUUAAUGGGUCUGCGAGCAGAUCCCACGGGUCUGGUCGAGGGCAUUGUCGUAGAGUCCAAGACAGAUCCACGUCGAGGCAAGCUGUCCACAGCAAUUGUGUCGCGCGGCACGCUGCGCAAGGGCUCGGUGUUAAUAAGCGGCCUCUCGCAUGCCAAGGUUCGUGGUCUUUUCGAUCACAAUGGCCAACCUUUGACUGAGGCGCCGCCUGGCACGCCAGUGGAGAUUCUAGGCUGGCGGGAGCUGCCGUUGGCUGGAGAGUUGAUAUUGGAGGUGGAAUCAGAGAAAAAAGCACACGCAGUGUUGAAGUAUCGCGAGCAUCAAGCGCAGCUUGAGAAGAUCGAAUCAACCAGCGAUGACAUACGCAAAAAGGAAGAGGAACAUCAGGCCAAGUAUCGUGCAGAGCGUGAGGCACGUCGUCUCGCCGGACGUUUCAGAAUGCGCGGUGGACAGCGUGUGAAGCAGGUGGAUCCUAACGAUGGUUGUCCGAGGGUCAGUGUCAUAAUCAAGGGCGAUGUGCAUGGCUCAGUGGAGGCCAUACUGGAUGUGCUUGAAACUUACAAUAGCAAUGAUCGUUGUCGCCUAGACAUUGUGCACUAUGGCGUGGGUAAUGUGACUGAAGGAGAUCUAGAAUUGGCGAAGGCAUUUAAUGCCAUCAUUUAUGCCUUUUCGGUGGAAACGCCACAGCCAAAGUUUACCAAAGGCGUGACGGUGAAGAGCUGCAAUGUUAUAUAUCGGCUGAUUGAUGAUCUGAAAGAACAGCUGAGUAGUCAACUGCCCGCAGUUGAGGUAGAGGAAUCGUUAGGCGAGGCAAAUGUCCUGCAAAACUUCUUCAUCAACGAGGGACGCAAAGAGAUCCCAGUGGCGGGUUGUCGCUGCACCAAAGGUGUGCUGAAGAAGAGCCAAAGAUUCCGACUGCUAAGAGAUGGCGAAAUUAUCUACGAUGGCGCCUUGGAGUCGAUGCGUCAUUUGAAGAACGAGGUGGAUUCGAUAAAGAAAGACGUUGAAUGCGGUUUGCGCUUUAAGGAUACAAAGGUGCUGCCACAAGCGGGUGACGUGCUGCAGUGCUACACCACGCACAUGGAGGCACAGCAAACAGAUUGGGAUCCUGGAUUCUAGGGACUUUGUUGCAUGCCAAGUGACUUUCUAAUUGUUGCAGCUGCGGCAGCAGCAGCAGCAAACUGUUAUCAGCUUUACAUAUAAGACUACACAUUUUAUAUCUUAUAGUUUUGUAUUAUAUAUUGUGUAUAUAAAACGAAUCCCACUAUCCGA